AUGAAGGUGAAACUGGCUACUCAGCUGCUUAGCAAUUCUGUGGCAGAUGCCAUACAGUACUGUUGUGAUAUGAAACUCCCAGGUUUUGAACAGGCAUCUGCAACAGUAAAAUUUAUACGCAUUUUCAACUGUCUCUUUGAUGUCUGCAAUUCCAGAACACUUUUACAAAGUGGUUUCAAGCAGGCAUUAAAUACAGCAAAUUUUAGUGCUGUAGAGGGAUUUCUUUUAAAGGCGCACAGGUACAUCAAGGAACUCACUGUUGGUCCAAAUCCUCAAGCAAUGAGAGUUGUUGACUCAAAUAGAAAGACAGGGUUUAUUGGAUUCCUGGUGUGUAUAUCCACUGUUUUACACAUGUAUAGCAAAGUAGUGGGGACACAAACUCAUGCUCCUCUAUUGAAGUUUCUACCUCUUUACAAAUGUUCUCAGGACCACUUGGAAAUGUUUUUUAGUGCCAUCCAAAGUCGUGGUGGUUGGAAUAACAACCCCACUGCUCGCCAGUUUGUUGCAGCAUACAAGAGGCCACUAAUUCAUAGUGAGAUCCGUGGAUCAGAAAGAGGGAAUUGUAUAACUUUGGAAGAUAUUCCCACUCUUAUUUUCAGCAGUUCCGAUGUUGAAGAUCACAUAAAUAACACUUCGGAAUGGUGGCAGUUACUAAGCACGGAAAAUAGUGCAGCGACAACUGACAAUGACCACAAUUACUUUGCUACUGGAAUUUAUCUCUCUGAAGUGGCAGUCCAUAUUGUAGUAUGUAUAGCUGGAUUUGUGGUGUGUCACUUAGAGAAAACCUUAAAAUGUGAACCAUGUUUAUCUGUGUUGAGAGGGGAUGGUAGCCUUGUUGCUUAUUCUCUCAUUCAUAGAAAGAGUAGGGGAUGGUUGGUUUUACCAUCGAAUGAUGUUGUUGACAUCUGUGUGUGUGCAGAAAAAGUGUUCAGGUGCUAUACUACAGGUAAUUCUAAAGUUCCUUUGAAAAAUCAGUUUUCCGAAUGUGUGUCUGAGGUGCUUAGUGAAUUCAUAUUCAAGCCAGUGUUUAAGGAGUUAGCAGACCACAUGAAAAAUCAGCAUCCCUUGGACAAUCAUAUGAUACUGCUGAUUAAAGCAAUUGCCACACGAUACCUCCUGACACGGCAAAAACAUGCAGCCAAGAGAAUAAGUGAUGCAUUGCAUGAAAAUAAAAUCAGGACAACCUAUACAAAACUGGUACUCUUUAAAGGUCAGUAA